UUAAGUUUUUCUUACCGACAACAAAGCUUUUCAGUGCUCCGUCCCUCCCGGUUUAUUUGUUCAACUUUUUCCAUUCAAUUUGAAUAUUUUUUGCUUCUCCAGUGACUUGUGGUAAUAGACUACUAUUUAUCCUUGUGUGUGCAACCAGGUGCUUAUAUAAUAUCGGCAGACUAGUAGUAACCACUUUGUGAAGUUAAAUUGCGCAAUAAAGCAGCGAAACAAAAUGUCUCGGAAUCCGGCUGAGAACCAAUUGAACAUCUACAAGGAUAACCUGAAGGAAAAAUCAGUUGCUACCACGGGAAAUGGCGCCGCACUGGGCACCAAAACCGCCACCCAAACCGCAGGUGAGCGGGGACCGAUAGUGCUGCAGGAUGUUCACUUCCUGGAUGAGUUGUCCCAUUUCGAUCGCGAGCGCAUCCCGGAACGUGUGGUGCAUGCGAAGGGUGCCGGCGCGUUCGGUCAUUUCGAGGUAACCCACGACAUCACAAAGUACUGUGCGGCUAAAAUGUUCGAAAAGGUUGGCAAAAAAACGCCCAUGGCUAUCCGGUUCUCGACGGUAGGCGGCGAAAGCGGAUCGGCCGAUACGGCUCGCGACCCGCGUGGGUUCGCGGUGAAGUUCUACACCGACGAUGGUGUGUGGGACUUGGUCGGCAACAACACGCCGAUUUUCUUCAUUCGUGAUCCGAUUCUGUUCCCAAGCUUCAUCCAUACACAGAAGCGAAAUCCGACCACUCACCUGAAGGAUCCGGACAUGUUCUGGGACUUUAUUUCACUGCGUCCGGAGACCACUCAUCAGGUCAUGUUUUUGUUUGCCGAUCGUGGUAUCCCCGAUGGAUAUCGCUUCAUGAAUGGUUACGGUUCGCACACCUUCAAGCUCAUCAACGCCGACGGUAAACCGGUUUACUGCAAGUUCCACAUGAAGAGCAACCAAGGUAUCAAGAAUUUGGACGUUGAUCGUGCGAAUGAGCUCGCUGGUUCGGACCCAGAUUAUAGCAUCCGUGAUCUGUACAACGCGAUCGCCAAGAAGGACUACCCGAGCUGGUCAAUGAAGAUCCAAGUGAUGACCUUCGAAGAGGCUGAGAAAGUCAGCUUCAAUCCAUUUGAUGUUACCAAGGUUUGGCCACAAGGUGAUUUCCCUCUGAUUCCGGUGGGUCGUCUGGUGUUGGAUCGCAACCCGAGCAACUAUUUCGCGGAGAUUGAGCAAAUUGCUUUUGCUCCUUCGCAUCUGGUUCCUGGCAUUCAAGCAUCUCCGGACAAGAUGCUUCAAGGGCGUCUAUUUUCAUAUGCCGAUACUCAUCGUCAUCGUCUGGGAGCUAACUAUCUCCAGCUUCCAGUGAACUGUCCAUAUCGUGUUGCCGUCAAGAACUACCAACGUGAUGGUCCGAUGAAUUCCACUGACAACCAGGGUGGAGCUCCCAAUUACUAUCCGAACUCUUUCGGUGGUCCGGAACCGUGCGAAUUCGCCCGUAAGCUGCAAAAUUCGAAAUUUCAUGUGGAUGGCGAUGUCAACCGUUUCGAAACCGGAGAUGAGGACAAUUUCACUCAACCCGCUAUCUUCUAUCGUCGCAUUCUAGAUGAGCCUGCCCGUCAACGUAUGAUUUCCAACAUUGCCAACCAUCUGAGCAAUGCAUCACAGUUCAUCCAGGAGCGCACUGUUAAGAACUUCGCGCAGGUCGAUGUCGACUUUGGACGUCAACUGUCCGAAGGCCUCAAAUUGCGUCGCUCAGCCAACUUGUAAGGAGUUUUCGAAGAGGAUUGGAGAUGCCGUUGGUACAAUCACACACAUGCAAGCUUAAAUUUUUAUAAUAUUUUCACUGUAAUUCAUACACGAAGGAAGACGGGGUUUAUAUAUAGCUGUGGGCAUGUAUCACAAUGUUUAUUUACAAAUUUUGCAAUGAAGAUGUAACUGUUAUAUUUUCUAGUUUUUAAAAUUUUUGGGAUUGCAUUUCAUUCCAAUAAAGUUUAACGGUUUCCUAA